AUGAGACGUGAAUACUUGGGUAACGACGGCCCGGACAUCAUGUCGCGAGCAAGAAGCGCUCCCGAACUCACCACGAGGAAGGUGAGGAGGAGCCUGUGGGAAUGGUGGACCGGAAGAACCUCGGAGACAGAGCAGAGCGAGACCGCGAGGCUGAGGGAAGAGCUUGCCCAGGUGAAGUCCGAGCUCUGCGAACAGGUCCAAAACAACAAGUCUUUGCAGCAGAAACUCGAGGAGAGAAAACGUGAGAAAGAUCGUCACGCUGCUAGCUUGAAAGACUGCAAGGCCAAGCUCAAAAGAGUCAUGGCUGAACUCGCGGAGUCCGAGGAGGCCGUAGCGCGUGCUAAGAUAGCGCAGCAUCGGCUUUUGAAGCAAAUACGGGAACAGGAGAUGAUUCUGUGUGACGCUCGGGCCGGUUUUCAUGAACAGUGGGAAGAGGCGAAGGUGGAACACGAGAAGAAAGUCCAAGAACUUCAACAGCAGCUCGCCGAGAGUAAUCAACUUUUGGAGCAGCUGAAUAAAGAGAAGGAAGUUAGCCAGAGUGAUAAGGAGAAGGCCCACGCUACGCUAGCCAAACUACAGAGAUCGUCAAGAGGAAGCAAAUACUAG